UUAAGCAUGGCAAAACUGGUGUCUUUGGUUGUAUUUGCAGUAAUUAUGGUUGGCAGUUCAGGACAACUUCCAGGUAUGGACUACAUGCAACAGAUCAUGGCAAACACAGGUCGGGUCCAGGAAAUGAACAAAGCUAUGUUUAUGGAUGAAUCGAAAAGUGCUCGUGCUGGAAGAAGAUUUGGUCCUGGUGAAACGAGAUUUAGAACUGCUAACGGCGGCACUGGCUACGUUUAUAAUUCGCCCGAUGGUACUUCAAGGUCCUACUCGUUUCGCUCUACCUCGGGUGGUCCUUCCCACGGUUUCACAUACUCCUUUGAUCAUGACAGAAACUUCAGACGUGAGUGGUAGAAUGUUACACAUGGACUUCAAAGAAUUUUCAUGAAUUGAAGCUGUAAUAAUGUCUUAAUG